AUGCUGGGUGGACGGCAGACACCAAGUCUGAAGGCCGGCUGCGUCGCCCUCGAGCUGCCUCAACUGCUGCUCCUCGACCAUGUCGACGUCGCACAUCAGCCGCUGGCUCAUAUCAGUAGCGCCGCCAGGAGCUUGGCCGUCGCGCCGCCCACCCGCUUGGCUAAUGCCGCUGUGUCACAUUCCCGGCUUAGCCACACUCGAGUGCGCACAAAAAUCGACUGCGUCGCGACGCCCGCGUUCCUGUUGCACGGAAAUCAGCCACGCCGUGCAGUGCGAAGCGGUGAUAUCCGUGCCAGCGCCUCGGCUGCUGACCUCACCGCUGCGCUUCGCGAGAUUCCAAGCCGCGGGCUCGAUCAGCAUGAGGACGCGUACAGGCCGCCGGCGUACGUGGAGGGCAUGCUGGAGUUGAUCGAUACGCUCGCGUCGAUCGGCUGGCCCACCAAUCAGGCCGAGGACUGGAUGAUUGCGGACUGCUUCUUCUCGAGCACCUGGCGGCUCGCCUACACCUCCUCGAGGACGUUCGCGAGGUACCGUGGCCUCAGCGGCUGGGGCGGACGCAUCGACGGAGUCACAACACCGGAGCUGCGCAUGCGGGUCGCGCGGAGCCCGCAGUGCGUCACGUUUGAGGAGCCACUCUCCGAAUCGGCUGCCUUCGCCAUCGCCAGCGCGCUCGCCCUGCCCGCCGAUGAGGCGGCGCCGUCCGCGGUUCUGAUCGACGGGACGUGGCGCAUGGCGGCGAGCGAGGGGCUCAAUAUUCAAACGACAGCGAUCCGGCUCGGCUCGCGCAACUUUAAGCCGGCUGACGGCGCGGCCGACGGCAUGGUCGAUUUCGAGCACGAAAAGGCCGUGCGCGUGCUCGGGGCGACCACGCCGGUCUACCUCGACGCCGCGCUUCUAGUGCUGCGCGCACAGGCCGACGGUGUCGUGUUUGUAUGGGAGAGCCUGCCUUGAAGCUUAUCCAGCUCUCUCUCUCUUACGUGCGUCUUGGUCGAGCGCUGCUUUGUUUGUUAUCGCAUUCAGGC